UAAGACGAUUCAACGCCAUUUUGCUGUUCUUCGUUCUCCAUCUGCACUCCGAUCCCUUUCUCUCCUCAAACUCCCUUAUCUUGUCGAUUAAUUUCUCUCUCAGAUCAUGUUGACUGAAACUCCAUUUAGGCCACGAGAGAAGCUUCUGGAGAAGCAGAGAUUGUUCCAGAGCAUCCAUAGGCACACUUACCUAAAAGGACCAAUGGACAAGAUCACCUCCGUUGCAAUCCCUAUUGCCUUGGCUGCAAGUUCUCUCUACAUGAUUGGAACAGGGAUCUACAACAUGUCGAAUGGAAUCGGGAAGAAGGAAUAAGCAGCAGCUUCUUCUUCAUUUUUUCCUUUUCUUUGCUUUUGGUUUCGAUAUGUAUCCAGUGGCUGCCCAUAUGCGGUUGCAGAAUAAGGUGGUACUCGUCUUUUUCUUGAAGCUGUUUAUUGCGUUUUGCCAAAUAAUUGCUUAGUCGCAGACUAUGUCGAAAGCUGAAAGAUGUUUGAUGUUAUAAAGUUCCAAAAUUUGGAGGGUUCUUCAUUUGCUUUUUA